AUGGAACAAACAACAUUAAUUAACAACAACAACAAUGAUGAUAUGGAUGGUCAAACAACAUUCCAAUCAGCCGAUAUUCAUCAUAAUGAUCAUCAUCAGCAUUCAGGAUUUCAAUUUGAUCCACAACAACAACAAUAUUUUACAACAAAUAAUCAAAACAAUAGUUCACCAUUACAUCAUCAAGUUGCAUUUUUUACACCUACAUCUGGUUGUAUAAUACCUAAUAAUCAACAACAUUUUCCACAUCAAUUUUCACAAAUUGUUCAUCAUCAACAACAUUCAUUAUCAACACCAAGUUCAUCGAUAACCGAUACACCUCCUCCUUCAAUCAUUCAACAACAACAACAACAACCGCAACAACAUCAUUAUUUUAUUGAUACAUUACCGGAACAAACAAUUUUAUAUACAACAACAUCAUCACAGCCACAGAUUUUAUCAUUAAAUGAUAAAAUUGAUGGUUUUGUAUUAUCAACAACAACAACAACAAAUAAUGAUAAUGAUUAUUAUGGACAAACAGCUAAUAUUGAUACAUCGACGGUUAAUGUUGGUACUAAUACCGUUUCAUUACCGGAUGGUACACCAUCAGCAACAGCAGCGGGAACUACAACAAUAUUUUUACAUCGUCCAGGUGUUAAUCAAAAUCCAAUGGAAAUUACUUCAUCAUCAUCGAUCGAUGAGGAAAUUCACUGUGACUUUAAUCAACUACAACAGACAGCUGUAUAAUAAGGAGGAAUAUGGGGAAACCGACCAGGAACACACAACGCACAAACGAGUGAAAAAAAAAUUUUCCAAAGAAACAAUCUUUGAAAUGGCUAAUGAA